ACAAGUGAGUGAACUGUUGCUCUCCGACUAAAGUCGCUCCUCUGCGGGAUGUUUAAGUCUGUGAAAGUCAAUCAUCGGAAUAUGUGAUUUCAGCAUCACGACACUUUGAAUAAUAGGCGAUCACUUGUUUUUCUAAAAAAAGAAAGAAGAAGAAGAACCCUCCGUGUGUGCUCGGACCGCUCCGGGGGAUUUUUGGAGAGUCCUGUCCGACCACCACGCAGGAGUCCUGGACGACAAGUUGAAAUAUCAGUGCGACUUGUUCCGCCGCGUCCGGUUCCGACUGUGGAGAAUUUCAUCCCGGUGUUGGAGCAGUUUUCCUGCAGCGUCUCCUUCUGAACCCGCGGCAUGAAAAGAGCCUGAGCACUGGGGUAGAAAGGAGGAAAAGAAAAGUAAGAGAAAUAUUGAUUGCAAGAAACUGGAUGAUUUACGGUGAUGCUCCAAUAAAAUGUGUUCUGCCUCAUCCAAGCUGCCUUUAAAACAAGAGUUUCCUAAAUUCAGUGCAAUUUGGCCUGACCCUUUCUUCAGAAUUUGCCCCUUUUUAUGACCUGUAACAAAUCUUUACUCUGAAUGGAGGAGUAGACGGCUGAGCUAAAAUAAAAUACUGGCUCUUCCUAAACGCCGGAUGUACAGAGAGCCGUGAGCCCAUCAACAGAAACAGGGAGGAAGAAAGACAAAGCAGGGAUUUAGCAGUUUCCCCCGUUCUCCUCGUCUCGUUCCUGGACAGACAAGUAAAGCACCCUUACUCGUAUGUGGUGGGUGAGAUGAACUCCAGUGGGAAUACUGUAGACCCCACCUGACAGCUCCCUGCCUGAGCAACUGUAAGCUUUUCACUGGAGCUUCCACAAUCACAGAGCUGGAAAGAAAAAAAUCUGCCAAAACCUUAACAUUUCAAUCGCGAUGCUUAUGUUUGACAAAUAAGUUUAAAGAUUAAAAAAAUACAAAUAGAUGCCCUGAACAUCAAGAAAUGGAAAAUUGAAUUUGUCAUUUUUCCUCAGACUGUUGAUUUUGUUCCUGCGUCUGUCUGAGACUUGCCUGCCCCAAUCCUAGAGUAGCCCCCUUUUUCAUUUCUCUGCCCUCAACUUUCACACAAGUUACUUUCUACCCAGAGGUCAGCCUGGCCGGCACAACCAUUCCAGCUAAGGGGGAGGAGGAUUUUCUUACGCUGGCCGCCUCCCGGCUCAGCCGCAAGAAACGUGUCAUCGGGGCUGGAGUCGGCGUGGCCAUGGUCCUGGUCCUGCUGGUGGCCAUUCCCCUUUUGGUCCACACCACCAAAGGGGGAGGGUCCGGAGGAGGGGUCACGCAAUACGAGAUGCUCGGGAGCUGCAGGAUGGUGUGUGACACUUUCACCCCCCCACAGGGAGAGCUGACAGCCGUCUCCCCUCAGCCCCCAGACUUCUCAAACCGCAGGGGAAAACAAGGGUUCAGAGGGAGCCCUGGACUUCCUGGCCCUUCAGGUCCUAAGGGGCCCCCUGGAGAGCCCGGCAAGCCUGGCCCACCUGGUCCACCAGGGCCCGGGCCCGGUGGCUAUGGCCCCUCAUUCUACAGCCCCAAAAUAGCCUUCUACGCAGGCCUCCGAAAACAACACGAAGGGAGUGAGAUACUAAAGUUUGAUGACGUGGUGACCAAUGUAGGGAACUACUAUGAGCCAAGCACUGGCAAGUUCACCUGCCCUCUGCCAGGUAUCUACUACUUCACGUAUCAUGUCCUGAUGAGAGGUGGUGAUGGUACGAGCAUGUGGGCUGACCUGAAGAAGAACGGACAGGUGAGGGCCAGUGCGAUCGCUCAAGAUGCCGAUCAGAACUACGACUACGCCGCCAACAGUGUCAUCCUGCACCUGGAUGUGGGGGACGAAGUGUGUGUGCAGCUGGACGGUGGCAAAGUUCACGGGGGAAACACCAACAAAUACAGCACCUUCUCUGGCUUCCUCAUCUACCCCGACUGACAGUAUACUCAUGUUUAUAUACUCUCUCUUCUGUAAUCAAGCAAAAAGUCUCCUCUCCAUCCUACAUCUAACGCACCAAGCUUCCAUUACGUCAUCUGUCGUUUCAAACGCUCUUCACUACACGAAACAUGAAAUAACAUGAUCACAGUUAAUAACAAGAGUUUGAAGAGAAUUUGUGUAAAAAUGAAUAUAUUAUUGUAUAUACUACCACUUAACAUUUACCUCUGAUACACACGCUUGUGUAACCUGUGCCAUGUACAGUAUGUGUAAGCAUGGCUAAAAUACAUUUAACUUUAACAUCUGUUUCACAUGCACAAUUUUGCUGGUACACACACAAACACACACACACACACACAGGCAUGAAAACACACACCUACUGAACUUCUCCGUUCAUUUCAGUUUUUAAACUGACCCAAGAUGGCUGUUUCAGCCACCGGUCUGAAAAUCGACUGAGAUGAUCUCUGAAUGUAGACUGUAAAUCGAAGUGUGUGUAUUUGGCUGCAGCCUCUCACCUUCACUGGGAGAUGGAUUUUCAAUAUGGCCGUUGUCACCGAACGAGAAAAGUCAUGAAUAUAUUGAUCGCAGCCGAUAACACAGCCGACACCACGAUCAUAUCAGUGUGCUGUAUGUCUGUGUUCAUGCCCCGUGUGCGAGCGUAUGUGUGUGUGUGUGUGUGUGCGUUUGCUCUUAAAAGCGUCAUGUUGCUCUCAGUUUGACUCGCAGUGUCUGACUCCUGUUGAGGGAGUGGGUGUCGAGUUGUCGGUAACAGUCCCUUAACACACACAGUAUAUCGAUAUUGAGGUUUAGCUUUGAGAUUUUCCCUGAGCCGAAGCUUAUGACAGCGCCUCAUUAUGUCACGCUAAUGAGCUGAGGCUUCUUCUCUAGCCUCACCUGUUCAGUCAAUCCAUACUGGCAUCCAUAGUGGGCAGUAUGAUGAAUAUGACUUAAAUAAAGAUGGGUUAAAAUAACAUUUGACUAGUGGGAAAUGUGCCCGGUUGGAUGAGAAGAUUGCUACCACUCUCAUUUAGCAUAUCUUGGAUAAGACGUGUUGUCUGAUCAUGUCGACAGCCACAGUGGAGGGAGGAUCAAAAAGAUGUAUAAGAGCAUACACAAGUUUUUAAAAUGUCGGUAUACCUACAUAUCUCCACCUUGGUCAUGUUGUAAUGUUGCAUGCUGGUUUCUGCGAUAAAAGCCAGUCCAAUAGAAGCUGAAGUCUCUGCAUCUGGUAAUUGAUAUCCGAAGAUAUCAGAAGGAGUCUGCCUCUCCACCAACGCACUGGAAACUAAGAAGCUCUCUCGACUCGCUGUCCUGCCAGUGCUGCAUAAUACACUAUAUGAAGAAGAAAAAAGAAAUCGCAGUUGCAUGUUGAUCCCAAAAUGUCAGAAUCAAUAAGUGAAAAAACCUUUGUGGCUAACACUUCAAUGCGAGUUCAAAUGUUGCACAAAAAAAAAAACCUGUGCCUCGACAAAAUGUGCAUCUUCACCCGCGUGUCAUGUCUCCAUCACUGCCAAUCUGAGCUUGAGCGGUUUAAAACCUGUGUCAUUUGACCCGGGUGUCAAUGUUAGUUGUAUCCAUUCUCAUUGCAGACAUUACCCAGUGGGAAAGGGGCUAUAGAGAGUGAGGAUAUCUAUUUUUUAACAUUGGGUUAACAACACACAUUUUCAGACCGUCUCUAGAUGGCAUUCGUAGUGUUGUAGUGUGUGAAUGAAAAAAGAGAACUACAGAGAGAAGGUUCUGAACUGUUUGCUAAUCAUGAGAUAAAGUAAACGUGAUUGUCGGAUUGACAGUUUUGGAAAGUUAUGGCCUAAGGGAAACCUGGCUCUGUUAUAAUCUGCCCUACAGAAACUUUAAAACUCACUAGUGAGCAUUUAUACCUCAUUUGCACAAUCAUUGUGGUUUUGCUACCUACUGACAGAGCCAGGCUAGCCGUUUCCCCCUGUUUUUGGUCUUUAUGCUAAGCUAACCUAGCCGGCUGCUGGUUCCAGCUUCAUAUUUACAGACAUGAGAGUGAUUUCAAUCUUAUCAUCUGACUCUGCAAGAAAAUGAUGAGUCAUACUUCCCAAAAUGUCAAACUACCCUAUCUAAUUUCAUGGUGAAUGUACCCACAUGAAGAUGUUAAUGUUUUACUGCCAUACAUAUAGAUUUUCUGUGCCUUACACUUUCUAUUUGAUUUAGAUUUUUUAUGCAUGAGACAGGAUUCCAAGUGGACACUGACAUUCCAUGCAAUUAUUGUCAACUCACAUAAUGAAAAUGCAGAUGCUAAUUGUGGACACAGACUGUGAAUCUUUGUAUGUAACUGGAGGUAAAACUCACUGCUAUAAAUAAAAAUAAAAAACCUAAAUGGAGGUCAAGGUUCACUCUGUAUGGUGGGAAGGAACUUCAGAAGCAUUUCACUGUGUAAUUCCAAAUUUGUAUCAAGGAAAAUUGUAAAAAAAAUUAAAUGUAUAUUGAUGUAGCCAAAAUAUUAUAUUUAACAAUUCUAUUCUUUUUUCUUUUAUUCCAUUAUAUUUAAAUGGGAUGUAUGUCAAUCUAAUUUGAACACACCUAUUGUAGUUUUAGAAGAAGAGAGCUUCUUUUCGGCCCAGUAUCGUACUGGUUCAUCUGUGUGACAGUGACACAGAUCCAGCCCUGAGGCCUGAUAGCAUGACUGUACCCCGAUGAGACUUGGAUGUGAACUUUCUGAUCGACUUGUGCUGUGAUUUAAAAAAACUAAAAAACACCCUGACGCAUUGUGUAGUAUACACAGACAUACCUGCUGAGUGGCUUUACAUAACCCCUGUGCCAUGCUGCAUCCCUACUGUGUGUGUUUUCUGGAGCUGUUACCUUUGUUCAUGAGUGUGGGUGUGGACUCAUUGUUGUCACUGUACUUUGCAAGCGGAGUUGUGUGUAUUUGUUAUGUAUGAAAUCAGCAUAGAUUUUUCUCUGGCCUCGAAGACCACGAACCAUAAUAAAAAAGAAAAGCCAGGAUUAUUUUUGCUGUAAAAAAAACUCCCCAGCAGUUUCUUUAUUCUUUAUUCAUUUUGUCCUCUCUAAUUGUACAUUACAAUAAAAUCAAGGACUCAGAA